CGGGAGAGUGGGCCGGCUGCCCUGGCUGCCCCUGGCCCAGCUCGGCGCGCUCAGCAUGGCGGGCCCGGCGCCUGGGCGGCGGCUGCGACCGCUGGCCGCACUGGCCCUGGUCCUGGCGCUGGCCCCGGGGCUGCCCGCAGUCGGGGCCGGGCAGACGCCGCGCCCCGCCGAGCGGGGGCCCCCGGUGCGGCUCUUCACCGAGGAGGAGCUGGCCCACUACGGCGGGGAGGAGGAAGAUCAGCCCAUCUACAUGGCAGUGAAGGGAGUGGUGUUUGAUGUCACCUCUGGGAAGGAGUUUUACGGACGAGGAGCCCCCUACAAUGCCUUGACCGGGAAGGACUCCACCAGAGGGGUAGCCAAGAUGUCCUUGGAUCCUGCAGACCUCACCCAUGACACUACGGGCCUCACGGCUGAGGAGCUGAAAUCCCUGGAUGACGUCUUCACCAAAGUGUACAAAGCCAAGUAUCCCAUUGUUGGCUACACGGCACGAAGAAUUCUCAACGAGGACGGCAGCCCCAACCUGGACUUCAAGCCUGAAGACCAGCCCCAUUUUGACAUCAAGGAUGAGUUCUGAGGUUCUAUCUAUAGGAGCAGGUGUUUGGGAGGGUGAGGCAGGGAGAUGCUGCAGGGCGAAAUCUGCAAAAUGGGCUGCCUGGGUCUCUGGUCACCCGGAUCUGAAUAAAGCAGACAUUUGACCUGGAA